AUGAUGCCUGAUACAAGUCCUGAAAGAAGAGAAGGAAACAGCCGGGUGGAAGACAUGCGGAUUGGUGGAACACAGCAGCAAACAAGCCGGGAGAGGCCUUAUUCAAUGACGCAGGGAAGUUCCCCGCGGAACGUGGGGUGCCCUCACAGCCCCCGGGGACGCUUGACAAUCCCCCCACCGCCCACCCCCGCACCUCACCUCCCGUUGCCCAACCUGCGGCCCUGGUCCAGGUAUUGUGCCGCUGAGCCGGGCUCUGAGGGUCUCGGGACAGACGGCGACAGCGCUCGCGGAAGUGCUCUCGGCUCUCGGCAGUCGGCUUCUCCUCCGCGGCGGCCGCUGCGCCUUCGCCCCCGUCGCCUCCUGCUGCUUCUCCCCGGACUCCUGCUACCUCUCUGCGGCGCCUUCAACCUCGACGUGGACAGUCCCGCGGAGUACUCCGGCCCCGAGGGAAGUUACUUCGGCUUCGCGGUGGAUUUCUUCGUGCCCAGCGCGUCUUCCAGGAUGUUUCUUCUGGUGGGAGCUCCCAAAGCAAACACUACCCAGCCUGGGAUUGUGGAAGGAGGGCAAGUCCUCAAAUGUGACUGGUCUUCUAGCCGUCGGUGCCAGCCAAUUGAAUUUGAUGCAACAGGUAAUAGAGAUUAUGCCAAAGAUGAUCCAUUAGAGUUCAAGUCCCAUCAGUGGUUUGGAGCAUCUGUGAGGUCGAAGCAGGAUAAAAUUUUGGCCUGUGCUCCAUUGUACCACUGGAGGACUGAGAUGAAGCAGGAGAGAGAGCCUGUUGGGACCUGCUUUCUUCAAGAUGGAACAAAGACUGUUGAGUAUGCUCCUUGCAGAUCAAAAAAUAUUGAUGCUGAUGGACAGGGAUUUUGUCAAGGAGGAUUCAGCAUUGAUUUUACUAAAGCUGACAGAGUACUUCUUGGAGGUCCUGGUAGCUUUUAUUGGCAAGGUCAGCUCAUUUCAGAUCAAGUGGCGGAAAUUGUAUCUAAAUACGACCCCAAUGUUUACAGCAUCAAGUAUAAUAACCAAUUAGCAACUCGGACUGCACAAGCUAUUUUUGAUGACAGUUAUUUGGGUUACUCAGUGGCUGUUGGAGAUUUCAACGGUGAUGGCAUAGAUGACUUUGUUUCAGGAGUUCCAAGAGCAGCAAGGACUUUGGGAAUGGUUUAUAUCUAUGAUGGGAAGAACAUGUCCUCCUUACACAAUUUUACUGGUGAGCAGAUGGCUGCAUAUUUUGGAUUUUCUGUAGCUGCCACUGACAUUAAUGGGGAUGAUUAUGCAGAUGUGUUUAUUGGAGCACCUCUCUUUAUGGAUCGUGGCUCUGAUGGCAAACUCCAAGAGGUGGGGCAGGUCUCAGUGUCUCUCCAGAGAGCUUCAGGAGACUUCCAGACAACAAAGCUGAAUGGGUAUGAGGUCUUUGCACGGUUUGGCAGUGCCAUAGCUCCUUUGGGAGAUCUGGACCAAGAUGGCUUCAAUGAUAUUGCAAUUGCUGCUCCAUAUGGGGGUGAAGAUAAAAAGGGAAUUGUGUAUAUCUUCAAUGGAAGAUCAACAGGCUUGAACGCGGUACCAUCUCAAAUCCUUGAAGGACAGUGGGCUGCUCGGAGCAUGCCACCAAGCUUUGGCUAUUCAAUGAAGGGAGCCACAGAUAUAGAUAAAAAUGGAUAUCCAGUAUUGGUCAAGCCUUCACUGCAUUCAAGGCAUUGUUCCCAUCACUGAAGGGGAUAUGAAGAAGAGACAGCUUUAUUUCCUGGGAGUGGACAGUAGAAAACACAUACUCCGAGUUUCUUUUAUUUUC